CACAACAGUUUGUACCAGGCAUGUAGUGUAUAAAAGCUUUGACUUACAUCUGAAAUCAUCUCCAUUCUUUUCCAAUGAAGGUGUGGUCAUUUCUCAGAAAAGGUGACUUCGUUAAAGAGAUAGAUGUACUAUGAGAUUGGAAAUGAAAUUCCUUCAUUGUUUCUUACUAUGUCUUAUCCACACCUCUGCUACAAGCUUUACCUUAAAUGGUAUUAAUGACUUAGAAAAUAUCAAAUUUGGAAAGAGAUUGCCACGACAUGGUCUCAUGCUACUGCACUGGUUUGCAAACAAUGCUUACUAUGAUCAGCAAGUUGGAUUUCAACUUAAUUUCAAUCCUCUCCAAGAAGACUAUGGAUUUCAAAUUUAUAACAACUAUGAAAGAGUCCUUCCAGUCUUGCGUGAUACUUCAGAAUUCAGAUAUUACAUUGGAGGUAACCUAAAUCUGUUACGUGCCAGAACCCAGUUCCCCAGUUAUGUCACUCAGAGUUUUAAGAAAGACAGUCACACUGCUAAUAUCGACAGGAUUAUAAUUAAAGUGUCAGAUGACAGUCCAACCAUAGCAGAAGAAGUCUAUAUCACGCAGUAUCAUGAGAGAAAAAAUUAUGGGACAACUUAUGACCCAAACAGCACAUUCCGGAUUGGUAACACACUCUUAACACAGAUUCGAAUACUCAAUGAGCCGCUCGAAAUGUCUGACUCUGGCGAGCUCCUCUCCAACAUGAGUAGCCAUUCUCGGAAAUCUCCCGAUGAUCCUAGGCUAAAUCUUACAACAGAGGAAUUCAAGAAACUGAAAGAAAGGCAUGAAAUAGCUCUGACUAUAUUUGCUAAUGAAGGUCUGUUAUGGUUUCUGGCUUUAGCAGACUAUGACUUGCAAUACACGUAUAUGCUCUUUAUGCAAUCAUGGAAGUGUAGCCACUGUUUUAGAAGGACACAGGAAGAUGCUGUUACGCGAUGUGAUAUGAACAAUAAAGUGCAGCUUGAGGUAAAAACCACAGAUAACGGAUAUGCAAAAAUGACAUGGAGUAAUAUACCCAAGAAUAUUAUUGAUAUGGAUGGAUACCUCUAUCUUUUGAAGCCUGAAGAAGUCAUAUACUGGUACAAACUCAGUGAGGAAACAUCUGGAAGCAAGGACACAGAUAUAGCUCUUAAUCCUGGUCUUCGAGUUGCUCUGAUGCUUCCAAGAAGUGCACCCUCUUAUUCAACUCGGGAUGUGGUAUGGCUUGGUCCUGAAUUUGAUGAGGCCAAUGGGAGGAUCCCUACUCCAGUACUGGGUCAGGAUGCAAGCCUACAACUCUAUACCAAAGAUGGGUAUGCCUGUGUUCGCCUAUACAUCAAAAAGUCUUUUGACAAGUGGAAAGAUGAAUUUUCUCAGUCAUGGGUGGGACUGUACUCUAGUGACUAUAAAAGGGCUGAUGAAUAUGAAUACUAUAAAUAUGUUGUGAAGUUUAAGAAAAGUUCAGAUUCAAAUGUCAACAGUAAGUAUAACACCUACAAGUAUGAGACAGGAAUGACCAUGAAACCUGGAGUUCAAGCUCGAUUUUUCAUGGACAGUGGACACAAUGAUCUCAAAGCUUACACUGAACCCUGGAACUGAGACAGAUUUUUAGUCAUCAGCAAAUAUGAUGAGGUACAGUUGUAAAAAAAAUCACUUUAAGAAAUAACUUUAAAGGUCAGUCUGAAGAUUAAUUCCUGUACAAAUGAAAUGUGUGUGUGUUUGUCACUUUCUUUCUUUCUUUCUUUCUUUCUUUCUUUCUUUCUUUCUUUCUUUAACAUAUUGUUAAUUGGAAGCUGUAAUAAAGGAAUAAACUUCUAAAAACUUACAAA